CUUUACGCUUUUCCUUGGAGUCCGUCCGCCCGUCGUCAUUCGGGUCUCAUUCCUCCAGAGCCUCCCUCCCUCCUGGUCCACCUGUGUGUCCCUCCUGGUCCAGACCUGAACCAUGGCCACCAGCUUCUCCAGGCUCCUGUCCUCCAGGCGGAACCUCGGCAUCCUGUCCUUGGUCGGAGCCGGUUCGGUCACGGCGGCCUUUCUGCUGCACCGGGAACAUGUCACCGCCGGAGUCCCGGUCCGCAGGAGGUACCCGGCCAGUGCAGAGUACCCUGACCUGCGUAAACAUAAUAACUGCAUGGCGUCGAGCCUGACUCCUGCCAUCUACUCCAAACUGUGUGACAAGGCCACGCCCAACGGCUACACACUGGACGAAGCCAUCCAGACCGGAGUGGACAACCCUGGACACCCCUUCAUUAAGACUGUGGGCAUGGUGGCAGGAGACGAGGAGUCCUACGAGGUGUUUGCAGAUCUACUGGAUCCCAUCAUCAAAGAGAGACACAACGGAUACGACCCACGGACCAUGACCCACCCCACAGACCUGGACGCCAGCAAGAUCCAGUCCGGUCAGUUCGAUGACCGUUACGUGCUGUCGUCGCGGGUCAGGACCGGCCGUAGUAUCCGUGGUCUGAGUCUGCCGCCGGCCUGCACCAGGGCGGAGCGUCGGGAGGUGGAGCGGGUGGUGGUGGACGCCCUGUCGGGUCUGAAGGGAGACCUGAAGGGGAAGUACUACAGCCUGACCCAGAUGACGGAGCAGGAGCAGCAGCAGCUCAUCGACGACCACUUCCUGUUCGAUAAACCCGUCUCACCUCUGCUCACCUGUGCAGGGAUGGCUCGUGAUUGGCCGGACGCUCGAGGAAUCUGGCACAACAACGAGAAGACGUUCCUGAUCUGGGUGAACGAGGAGGACCACACCAGAGUGAUCUCCAUGGAGAAAGGAGGGAACAUGAAGCGGGUGUUUGAGAGGUUCUGCAGAGGUCUGAAGGAGGUGGAGCAUCUGAUUCAGGAGCGAGGAUGGGAGUUCAUGUGGAACCCACGGCUCGGGUACAUCCUGACCUGUCCGUCCAACCUGGGAACUGGGCUGAGAGCAGGAGUGCACGUCAAACUGCCUCUGCUCAGCAAGGACGCACGUUUCAGUAAAAUCCUGGACAACCUGCGUCUGCAGAAGAGAGGAACUGGAGGAGUGGACACGGCAGCGGUGGGAGGAGUGUUCGACAUCUCCAACCUGGACCGACUGGGCCAGUCUGAGGUCCAGUUGGUUCAGACGGUGGUCGACGGCGUCAACUACCUGAUCGAGUGUGAGAAGCGUUUGGAGAAGGGACAGGACAUUAAGGUGCCCCCCCCCCAUCAAACUGUUCAAGUAGACCCUGACCCCAGACCUCUGCCAAUGCUCACUCCAACUACACCCCCCCACCCCCACCCCCCCACGUGAGCCCGUAGAUAGCACCUGUUUCUCUCUAUAAUCCAAUCCAUCCUUUAUGAUAAUCCAUCCUCUAUAAUCUGCACAUGUGUACUCGUAUGUUCAACGACCCCCCGACCCUUCAGCUUCUGCACUGCACCUAAAGGUUCUGCUCACUGGUUCUGAGUUCUGCACCUAAAGGUUCUGUUCACUGGUUCUGAGUUCUGCACCAAAAGGUUCUGCUCACU